AUGUUCGCACACACGGGUUGGGAAGCCUUCACUGAAAUUCAGGAAUUCCGAAGCAUUGCCAGAGCAGUGGGGAUUCGGGGGCGUUUCCAAGUACCAAGCCGGCAGGACAAAGUGGCACCCACAGUGCAGCGGGUUGCCGAGCUCGAGUCUGUGCAGAAGGGCGUCGAGAGGAUAAAGGAAGUCUCGCACCGGGUGGCAGAGAAUGAAAAAGUUCAGCAGAGCGUGGAGUGGGCCAAGAGGAGAGCCUCGGAGAUUGCUGAGAACGAGCGCGUGCAGAAGGGUCUCGAAGUUGCCAAGGACACCGGGAAGGUGGUCAUGGAGAAGACGCAGCAAGGUCUGGAAGCUGUCAAGGAAAGGACGCGCGAGUGGCGCGCGGGCGCUGGCACGGUGUGGGAGAAGGGCGCUGGCAGUAUCCAAAGAAUUCGAACCGAGGGCGUGAGUGCCAUGGCAUGGAGAGGCUCUGCCAGGGACACACUGGACAUGGCCGCUCGUGAGGAGCAGUGGAAGGACAUCAAGAUCCAAGGCGCCGAGGAGCUGUCUGUGCCGGCUCGGACCGAGCACACUUGUGCUUACCACGUGACGAAGGGCUCGACCCUGCGAUGGACCUUCCGUGUCAAGGAACAUGACAUUGGCUUUGCAGUCAGGAUGCGAAUCCAAGUCUGGGGAGGCUCCCAAGAAGAGGAGGCGGCUUCUGUUAAGAACUGCUGCUCGUACCAUCUUGCGCACUUCAGUUCCGUAUACAUGGAGUAUACAUAG